AUGAGACCACUGAGCUCUGGUUCUGUCUGUCACCUGCCGGUGUCCAUAAGUGUGCUGACAAAGCCCCGUGGCCAGCAGUGUCGGCUGACUGACAUUGCUGAGAGAGUCGCAAAAGAGAAGGAAAGGAUCGUUGACGAGAUCCAGAUUGACAAGGGGGAAGGCAGUGGUACAGAAGGCUUGGGAUUUAGCAUUACUUCAAGAGAUGUCCCAAUUGGUGGCUCUGCUCCAAUUUAUGUGAAAAACAUCCUUCCAAGAGGUGCAGCUAUUCAAGAUGGGAGGCUAAAAGCUGGAGACCGAUUAAUUGAGGUAAAUGGAGUUGAUUUAACAGGCAAAACUCAAGAAGAAGUUGUGUCCUUGCUGCGAAGCACCAAGAUGGGAGGGACUGUUGGCCUUCUGAUUUUUCGACAGGAAGAAACAUUCCAUCCAAGGGAACUGAAUGCAGAACAAAGCCAGUCACAAAUUCCAAAGGAAACGAAAGCAGAAGAAGAGGAGCUUGUCCUCACACCUGAUGGCACCAGGGAAUUCUUGACGUUUGAAGUCCCACUGAAUGACUCUGGAUCAGCUGGACUUGGUGUGAGCGUCAAAGGUAACCGGUCAAAAGAAAACCAUGCCGAUUUAGGAAUCUUCGUCAAGUCCAUUAUUAACGGUGGAGCAGCAUCCAAGGAUGGCAGGCUUCGAGUGAAUGAUCAACUAAUAGCAGUAAAUGGAGAAUCAUUAUUGGGCAAAACAAAUCAAGAUGCUAUGGAAACCUUGAGGAGGUCCAUGUCCACUGAAGGAAACAAACGGGGAAUGAUUCAGCUUAUUGUGGCGAGGCGAAUAAGUAAAUGCAAUGAGUUGGAGUCACCUGGGAGCCCCUCCGGGCCAGAGCUGCCCAUAGAGACUUUGCUGGAUGACCGGGAACGGAGGAUUUCCCACUCCCUCUACGGCGGGAUCGAGGGGCUCGGCGAGUCGCCCACGAGGAAUGUGGCGCUGACAAGGAUAAUGGGUAAAUACCAGCUGUCUCCAACGGUGAACAUGCCCCAAGAUGACACUGUCAUUAUUGAAGAUGACAGGCUGUCGGUACUCCCUCCUCAUCUCUCUGACCAGUCAUCAUCCAGUUCCCAUGAUGAUGUUGGGUUUGGCACUGUUGAUGCUGGUGGAUGGGCUAAAGCUGCAAUUAAUGAGUCAACAGACUGCACUCUUAGUCCAGAUGUUGAUCCAGUGCUUGCCUUCCAGCGAGAGGGUUUUGGACGCCAGAGCAUGUCAGAAAAGCGUACAAAGCAAUUUUCAGAUGCCAGUCAGUUGGAGUUUGUUAAAACACGAAAAUCCAAAAGCAUGGAUCUAGUAGCUGACGAGACUAAGCUCAGUACAAUGGAUGACCAGAAAACAG